AUGACAAGUGAUGAUGCGGACGACCUUCUAGAAGCUGUCGUUGUUUGCGAGGGGAAUAUCCACGAUCCUAAUUUUGUCAACCGAUUCCCGGGCAUCGUUCGGAAACUGAAAUGUAUUUUGUGUAAAGGUCGAAAAAGCCUUCAAGUUAGAAAAGUGGAGCCAUGGAACUCGGUGAAAGUGACAAUGAUGAUCCCCCCGGAAGCUGCCAUCCAGCUGAGACGGCUUGCUCAGCAGGGAUCAAGUGCGCUUCGAGAACUGGGAAUUUUAUCGGUUCAGGUCCAGGGAGAUCAAAAAAUCAGGGGUUAUAGUGAUAUGAUCUGCGUGAAGGUGAUCUCUCUAACUCUGACCGAAGCAUCCUCGGAGAAGCAGAAGCUGUUGAGGAUCGAAGGUUUGACAGAAGAGGAGAAAAAUGAAGCCCCGUCUUCUCGCGAGACCUUCCAAAUUCUUUCUCAAUUUCCUUCGACCAGUGGAAUGACAGCGGCUUCUGCUUCAUCCACAUCACAUGUUAUUUCAAUUCCCUCCAGUUCUACGGGACCACCGAAGACUCCGACUUCAAACUUUGAUCUUUUGCUGAAUAUGCCAGAUUGCAAAACGGAGGAAUUUCGGAGUCCAAAUGUUGUUGUUCCUCAGUCAUCAAAAUCAGUACCUUUCGCCGUGCCUCAACCCCCUCCGACUGGCUCUCGUUCUUUGAAUGCGUCAUGUGCUCCGACUAUCACCUUGCGACCGAGUUCCACCUCUUAUCCAUUCGCAAGUAUGGAGCAUGCAACGCAUUCUAGCUCUUCAGCGCGCGGGCCUUCGGCUGGUAUACAAACAGACUCGGUGAAAUCGGAAGAGCUAUGUGGAUCGAAAGCAUUCCAAGUCACGUCGAUCAAAUCACCUGCUCAGUCUCAAAAUCAAGCCCAACUUCCCUACCGGAGUCAGGGUGGAGUAAUAAUUCCGGGAUCCAAGAUCCAGUCAAGUUUGUUCACCCUGGAGUCUAGGCUAGUUCCUGAAGUGCUCAAAGUUCCUUCAUCAUCACCGGCUCCACUUACUUCUGUUGGAACCAGUACGGACUCGUCCAAAACUGAAUUUCCAACGAGCAGCGCUUCUGCUUCCAUUUCCAGUCCACUUCUGGUGAACUUGCUGCAGUCACCUGAACAUACAGGGCCUAGUUUGGGAAACAUGGCUGCAUCCGGAGACGAUCCGCCGUCGGUCGAGGUGAAAGUGCAGAAAACUGCUAGAAUUAGACGAUUCAAGGAGAAACCACCAAUUACUAGGACUGUGAGUAUGGGAACGCAGUCUGUGGCUGCGAAUACACCCGCUUGGUCAGAGGUGCCGAGACCGCGGCCGGAAAUUCAAGGAAUGGUGGUCAAGAGUCUGUCUGCUCCGCAAUGUGUGACUGACAUACGGUACCCUGGGCUGCAGCAGCAACAAAUCCGAAAAGCUGCCAUCCCAAUUCGCGUUCCGUCACCAGCCAGCCAUCAGUACAUUGUAGGAACGUCUCCUGGGAAGUCUUACAUCGUCGCGCCAGGACCUGCCACCAUAAAUUCCGCGACUGCGAAGAAAGCCGUGAUCAGAGGGCCCAAUACGACUGGUGAUACUAGACCGCCUUGCCAGAACACAUCUGGUAUCCGGAGUACGGUAGUCCGCAUGGCUCACCCGCCGCAAAAUUCGAGUGGUCCAAGGCAAGUCGUUGAUGUCAAGCUGGUGGAACCUGUGGCUGCCCCCAGCUAUGCUGUGCGUCAUUCGUAUGUGUAUGGAGCAUCUAAGUGUCCCACCUUGACGAAAUGUGACGUUCGCUCGACGCCCAUGGGUGCAUUGGUCAACAGCGGUGUUAUUGUUCGCGAGUUCCCGCCGAACCGGCCUCCACCGCCGUACCCGGGUUUACCGGCUGCUUCGUCGACUUCUUCCACUCCGCCGACGUUUGCGGUGACGCAGACCUCGGAAUCGAUCUCUGGUGCCGUGCUAACCCGAAGCGAAACACCCCGAAAGUCCGAUCCUAGUCCACCGAGUCCAUCUCGGUUAACUUCUUCCGGUAAACCGCGGCAGUAUCUCAUCAACCCUCUAUCCGGGCUCCUUGAACCAUUGCCCACGGACUCUGAGUCUUCCGAUGACGGGAUGGAGAGCGAUCCUGAAGAUGUCCGUGCUUCUCUAAGAAUGGUGGAUGAAGAAAACGGAAGCAACGCGAACACUGGCGCGUUCAGAUUGGGUGAUAUGGAUUCUAGCGCUCUACGUGAUCUUGGACGUGGCGGCGCACGACGGCGACCGGGUGCUACUUUGAUGCGUGGGAGAGGGGAAUCAAUGCGUCGUCCAGCGGUUUAUCGCCGUGAGCGCCGUGCGAAUCCACCUGCGUCUCCGAUCGCCUCAGUUCCCGUCUCCGUCCCUUCGUCAACGCCGUCGACAGAGCAAGCACAGAUCAAGAUGAAGUUGUCGCGCACUGGAGCGGUGACGACUUCCCCGGUGACUACACAAACAACGGCACUAACAUCAUCUCGAGGAGGGCACGCUGCUGUCGUGUCGCGACAAAUGUUCAAAGUCGACUCGGGUUUCCUGCGAACUACUGGAACGCUGGAGGUUGGUGUCGACGGCGUUAAGCAAGGAAUGGUUGCGAGUGGGUCGUACACGUCCGUAUCCACGCAGAACUGCUCCUCUGGGACAACGGCGCCUACAUUGACUCGGAGCGUCACGACGAGCACAAGCCCAGCGCCGGUGCCCGUGUCUAAAUCAGAACCUCGUGUUCCACCCUUGCACAUCUCUCUGAAGAAAGGGACGAGUGCUACUGCAGCCACAACGACUGCUACAAUAACUACGGGAAACCAAAGUAACAAAGAAUCCGAACAUGGGAAGGAAUCUGAUUCACUACCAACGCCUUCGCGCGUGUACGCUUGCAACGCUACCGGGCAGGAUUCCUCGGCAUAUCCGACAACAUCGGGAGGUUAUGUUAGAAUGCCGUACAGCGAGGCAGCCCGAAUGCGAGGAGAUAUUCGCCGUGGUCGUCCUGGCCGCGCGCGUGCGAAGACGGAGUUUCGGUCGAUGGGUGUCGGGCCUGGUGUGAGACGUGGAGUGCCGCGACCCAUUGGCAGUUCGACGACUGGUCGCGCCGUGAUGAUGAGUGAUCCUGUGCUGGGUCGCUUGAAGGUGAUGGGUAUUCGGGCGCCGAGUCAAGUGGAUGCUUCCACCUCUGCGAAGGAAGACUCCAAGGGGGAGUCCACUGUAUGGACUUCAGUGCCACAACAUGUCGUUUAUGGCACGAAACGACCAGACGGGGGCGGCACCACGGACUGCUCUGUCAUUCGUUUAGAAGUUGCGCCUGGGAAGAUCUACGAUUUCUUGUCCGCGGUGUCGACUGCCGCGACUUCGUCCAUCGCUUCUCAGUCAGAUGUGAUCUUUGCUGUGUCGUCCGCGUCGACGUCCUCAAGCGUGGUAUCGUCGAACGGCCCUGUGAUCGUGAAUACGAGGGACAUCGGUCCAAAUGCUGUUACUACAAUAAUGACUAUGUCGGCAUCCGGAGAAUCGCCAGCGACGUACUACAGCACGUUGCCAAAGCAAUGCCAGACGGCGACACUGGAGAAAGCCCCUGCUAAACCUGCGGAAGCUGUUCUGACAUCGAACUCCCGACAGGAACAGCCCCGUGUCAGCCAAAGUUUGAUGAUUCAUGAAGCCAGAGCCGCCGCGAUGCAAGAUGUGGUCGGUUCUGCUACCAUCACGAAGGCUUCGGCUGCGGCUGAGCCCCCUCAGCUCAAGCCUCCGCCUGCUGUUAUCCAAGGAUCUCGGGAGUCUGCAUUUUGCAAAACAUCUACGUGGGAUCAGCGCGUUUCUCCGCAGCUGCCACCAGCUAGAGGAGAAAUCCAAAUCACGCGGGAGAGCGACAGGGUAGCAGAAGUUGUCCGACUCGUCAGCGUGGACGCCAGUACCUCCACAACUCGCCCUCCUGAGUACCAUCCUCGUCCCCACGAAAUCACCCCGAAGAUAAUUGUGUGCCCCUCCAACGACCCUGUCCGAAAUGAACCUUCGUGUGUCAGCAGUGGUUCUCAAACCGCGGCGAGACUAGAACCAUCCGUGGAACCGCAUUCUAGUGAGAAUCUGAGAAGCGAACAGGUGAGUCUUUCUUCUGUUCGCGCUCUCGGACGGGAAAUCCUGGGAAGUCCGUGCCAUAUGAACGACGAUUCUGGGAUCGAGUCUAUGGACACACAGUCAGAGAAAGGAGAAAACGUAGUAGAAAGUCCGAAGCGGCAGAUUGAACGCCAGGAUCAUUGUUCUGAGUCGAUGGCGAGUGUUCAGACGGAGCCAGUGGCGACCUCCAGCUGCUAUUUUUCGGAAGAAGGCAGUUACGACGCGGCGUCGAUGCGUGCCUGUACUAAGCUGGCACUUCAAAAUGUCAGCGCGCAAAAGGUGCCCGGGGACCCGGUGAAAGGUAUUUCCGUGGGUUCCCCGUUAAACUUACCCGCUGGCACGAAAAUGAUACCCGUCCGAUUGGUGCCAGUGGCAGAGCCUGAAGAAGCGCCGAAAUCUAGUCCGAGUUCGGGGAAAUUUAUAGGGUCCAGUUCCCCGAGCCCGCCGGUGAGUUCAGGCUCUUUAAAUCUUCCAGACCAGGAGAGAUGUGAUGAAACUAGUACAAAGAAUCCUGAACCCAGCAAAGUCUCUUCGACAAGUGAUAAGCCCGCUGCUUCUCCUGUUCUUGUGGAACGGACACCGUUGCCUGUGAACGGGGGUGUCUUGGUUCCAGAUUUCGACAGAUUUGUCACUCCCGUCGUGACGAGAACCUAUCUAAACUCACCGAGCAAGAAACUCGCGCCUCAACAAUCCGAGUACAUCUCGCCUGUCAAGGAUCAGGUCAGCAUGGGCUUAUUGACGUCAGAACCUGUCAUCCUUUCGCCAUCCGUGAAAGACAUCACCAUCAUCACCUCGCCUUUGAAAAAUGUUGCGAUGAAAGACGCCGCAAGAGUUGCCUCUCCGGACAAGACCUCAAUCAUCAAGGACGUCACGUUUGUCACUUCGCCGCUGAAACAUGCCAUGGCAUUGUCGCCCGUGGUUAAAGAAAUUGUCCUGGUGCCCCCGCCACCCAAAGAAACGUCCAUCAAGGAAUCAAUCUUACUGUCUCCUGUUCCAAAAAGGGAAUCCGACGCCGUGACGACUGCAAUUGGAGAUUUUGUUCUUGUUGCGGCCUCACCGAAGGAUGCGAUUAGUUUUUCGUCGGCGGUUUCCGAAGCUGUAAAACGUUCUGCCGAGGUUGUCGAUGACGAACCCGUAAUGAACAGCGUUGUCGUUCUACCUUCAAUGAAUGAAGUUGCAUUCGUGAAAGGAAUGUCGGUGCAAGAGAACGUUUCACUCGUCAGAGAAGUGCCUGCCGAUGUAUUGACCGAUUUGCUGGAGGUGGAGAAUAGGGUGUCGGAAAACGGCGAACUUACACGUGUACGGGUAUCAGGGGAUCAUAAUUACGUUUCCAAGGACGCUGAGCUGGUGGGCGGGGAAGAAGGCCAUUCGGCUCCCACAUUCCACGUCAAGAAACGGACCCCGGCACUGGAGCAGCUAACAAUCGAGAUUCCGACUUCCAUUGGUGCACCAGACGAGGAGAAACGCAUGGCCACGCGUGCUUCAACUCGAUCUGCUUCCCGCCUGAACAGUCCGCAAUCCCGAGCUAGUCCUCGUGAUGAUGCGUGUACUCCUUCCCCCUGUUCCACGUCUUCCAGCAAAUCCACUUCGAAGCAACCACAGGUGAACACUAGUCGUGGGAAGCGUCCUUCAGCGGCAGGACGAGGAAGAAACACUUCGGGAGAUUCAAACGCGAGCUUAAACAGUACAUCGUCUUUGGACGACAAGAAGUCCGGGCGUCGGCAUUGGUCACCGUUACGAGAAGAGGAGCUUAAGACAUCGCCAACGGCUCUUUCAUCUGAUCAGGCGGCCCGCCCGGGUAAGAGGAGGUGCUCAGAAAACGCUGCGGAAUUGAUAAAGGCAUGCAUGGGCGUCGAUGAACAUGUGAAGAAGCCGUGUGUGGGGACGAAUCCAAUCGUUUCGCCGAUUGUUGAAGACCCGAAAAAAAUCGUAAAGGAAGAAGAAACCCCGAAAAAGCCCGUCAUAGUGAAGAAAAAGCAGCCAGGCAUGGAAAUGGACGUGAAGUCUCUUCAAAAGAUGGGGAACCGGGUGAGCAAAAGGGUUACCGAAGACAAAAAUCAGCCCAUUCUCAAGACUAUAUCUCGCAGUGGACGCGUUUCAAGGCCACGCACUCCUGAUGAUGACGGAUUGAGGCCUGCCAAUCGCAAUAACCAUGCUGCGGAAGGAGUGAAACGCCUCGCAAGACCCGUGCGAAACUCAGCUACGCAGCAUCGGAAGCCGAACUCGGGAUCUAUAGCUGACGUAAAUUGUGGAGGUAAUGGAUCAAAUACUACCCCAGUCAUCGUCGAGGUUCCGCCAGUAGAUAGUGCCACCGACUCCAACGCGAACAAGCGGAAGCGGAAAGGACGGAAUUCCGGUAUAGUUUGCUCAUCGGUGUUAUACUUAAGAGACAGGGCAGAGUUAUGA